GAGACUAUACACCAGUACUAGCGAACAAGUACGUCGAUACACUUGUAAUAUGGUAGAAUAUAUAUAUAUAUAUUAUGUAUACGCAUGUCUAUUUAUUAAGAAUAAUAACAAACCACAGGACAUUUUGAGCAAGUGAUUUACAAGGAUAUUCAUUUCCGUUUGAAAAGAUGCCGAGUUAUAUUUUAGUAGAUGUACAGACUAGAAGAGUUCUGAUAACAUGUUCUGUGAUAGGACUCGUACUCUUCGCAAUAGGAAUAGGCAUUGGCUAUGCCACCGGUCGCGGAUCUACAAAUAAAAGAGUGUCAAUGGCGAGUGUGGCAGAGGCGAUCCGCUCCACGUGUGGGGAUACAAUGAUUCGGACACCCUCAGGCAAAUUGUACUUUGACCGAUUCGUACAGAGACACAAUGAAAAGCAUGCCUGUGUGGCGUCACAAAAGGAUUGCUGGAAUUUCGGACUGCCGAGAAAUUAUAUUGCUUAUCAUUUAAAUGGUAAAACGAUUACAAUGGACGGGAGACUGGAUGAGGAAGCUUGGAACGAGGUUCCUUGGAGCGAUAAUUUUGUUGACAUGCGCAGUACGGUAUAUCCAAAACCUUACUUGGAUACGAAAUACAAAAUGCGAUGGGACGAUGAAAGAAUGUAUAUUGGUGUAUACAUCCAAGAAAAAAAUCUAUGGGCGACGAUGAACACACCUGAUUCGCAGAUUUGGAAGGAAAAUGGCGUGGAAUUUUUAAUGGACGUAGAUGGUUCUAUGUUUAAUUACAAACAAGUGCAGAUUAACGUUCUAGGCACAAUGAUGGAUCAGUUGAUUUAUAAAUCCCCCUGGGAUGCCCGUAACAUCACUGUACAAUAUCAAGACUGGCAUCCAGACGCUAGGAAAGCGGUUUUCACUGAGGGAACGGUAAACACGCCUGGUGACGAGGACAAAUACUGGAGCGUUGAAAUCUCGUUCUCAUUUGUAAAGCUCGCCGGGAGUUCGCAACGCGUGCAGCCUAAUCCGGCCCAAAACGAGGUCUGGUUUCUACAAUUAGGCAGAUCUGAGCAGAAUCUGACUGUUGUAGACGGACAAUACAAGAAAGUUCCAAAAUCAAAAGCACAAUGGUGGUCAUGGCAACCAUGUGGCGCCAUAAAUUUACUACUUCAAGACCGAUGGGGAUUAGUUCAGUUUAAAAGAAACAUAGAUGACAAGAAAUUCAGGUUCGACCGAUGGCAUAUUUACAAAGCGCUCUUUGAUAUGAUGGACGCCAUGAGGAAAUAUCAAUCUAUAAACGGCAAAUACACAACUGAUAUUGAAGAACUUGAUGUCCCACCAUAUUUACUCACGGGGACUUGUGUAGACAUUCCCGAAAUCAAAUUUAUUACGCGUACAAAUGAAACAUUAUUCCCAAGUGUCCUUACAAAUCCAGUGAAAGAUUUUGAGGUAACCGUCAAGUCGAAAUUGAUUUCGCAUAAACCGGCACAUAUCCGAUCGGAUCGGUAUGUUACUUUCAAGUAAACACGUUAUUUCAUUAUAAUUGCAAACUUUAAGCAUGAUGGUGCCUGACUUCGGAACAGAUCGGUGCUUGACAAAAGAAUGCUUAUUUUCUGGGAGGGGUAGGGGUGGGGGAGUUGUAUAGUUUUUUAAAUGUCUGUCACUCCUGAUUGAAACCUUUUAUAUUUAGAAAAAGAGCUAACGGUUGUAUACUAAAGUAUUUGCGCACAGUUAAUGUAAUAGGCUAUGCCUUUCUAAUUCAUAAAAGGUGUUUCUGUUGUUACAAAUUUAUUUUGUUUUGGUAACAUACAAACGUUAUAUAAUAUCACUAUGUAUCGAUAUAUUAUAAACAACAUCUGCUAUAUUAUGCGAAUAAACGUUUUGCAAAGAAA